ACUGAAACAUGUCGUUUCACAACCUCUGAACAGUAAGUUGUACUCAAUAUUUUUUCACCUUGCUUUCAGGCACAGAUUAUGGGAAGCAAGAACCGUCAACCACUGUACCAAGAAGUAAAUGGCAUCCGUAUUCCACUUGGCUUUGACCCCACCAAGCUGCUCUCCUGCUUGGAAUACAAGGCUUCUGCCGGCGACAUCUUCAUCAACACAUUCCCAAAAUGUGGCACAAAUUGGACAAAACGCAUCGUUCAACUCCUUGUGGGUGAGAACACCACUAAGGAGAGUGACUAUGCCUUGUCCACUUCCUUCUUCGAGAUGGUUGGCAAGGACACCAUAGCUGCUUUACCAGAGCCCAGGCUCAUUACUACUCACCUUACUUACGAGCUAGUCCCAAAGCAUGCGCAGGCGAGAUACAUAUAUGUUGUGAGAAACCCCAAAGACUGUUGUGUGUCCUACUUCCACCACACAAAAAAGACAAAGAGUUACAACUUUGAGAAUGGCACAUUUGAUGAGUAUUUGCAGCUCUUCAUUAAAGGAGCAACAAGUUGUGGGGACUACUUCAGUCAUCUUGUCUCCUGGUAUCCGCAUGUUAAUGAGCCAAAUGUGCUUUUCCUAACCUACGAGAGCAUGAAGAAGGAACCUGCAGCAGCUAUACUCAAGAUAGCCAAGUUUAUCAGUGUUAAAGACCCUGAGCUACUUUGUGUUGACUCAAAAAAAUUCCAGGAAGUAGUAAAAAACAGCAGCGUUGACUGCAUGAAGGAAUACCUGAACACCAAUUACAAGAAGGCUCUUGGGAACCAGGAUCCAGAAAAUUGGACAGCUAAAAAGGAUUACCCAUUAAGCAGACCACCGCCACCUCCUGAAGUAAUGGUGCGCAAAGGCAUCAUAGGAGACUGGAAGAACUACUUUGACAAGGAGCAGUCAAAAGCCAUUGAAACAGCGUUUGUGCAGAAGUGUGGUCAUGUUGUGGACCAUGCAACGCUUUGGGACCCAAAGGAUUGGAUACAAGGAGCUUGACACUUCUGCACACUUCCAGGUGUGACCAUUUUAUAGGUGCUCUUCGUUAAUAAAGUGUUCGGACCAGUGUAUGAUAUACAUUUCUGCAAUGAAUACUGUAGAGAAAUGCUCAUUAUGUUUACAGUGAUGUGAAGCUCAUAGUAUAUAGGAUGUUGCAGAUGCCAGAGAAUGUGCUGUGAUGUUUUUAUUGCAAUUAGUGAAAUUGAGCAUAA